GUUUCUCUUUCUCUUCCUUUCCCUCUCCCUCCCCCUCUCCCCCUCUCCCUUCUUCCCUCUGGCAUUUUCUGGCAGUGUUGUCCCCAGGGGAAGGUAAAGCAAGCCUGGCUCCUCCUCUCCCCCCAGCCUUCCCACUCCCCAGAAGCCUCAGCUUCAUACUCUGGUCUGACUCAGCCUCCUUCCCUUCGUGCUGCCCGGGUGCUCUCUCCCCCAGUUCCUACUCCUGUGCCUCCUCUCUAACUUGAUUCUAUUUUUCUCUCUCACUGUGUGUUCCCUCCCACUGUCCCUCCCCCCAAACGCACGCCUGGCCUUGCCCUCCCUCUCCUGCCUCCCCGCAGCGGUGGGCAUCCAGAUGAAGGUGGAAUUCCUCCAGCGACAGUUCUGGGCCGCAACGCAGCAGUGCAGCGCCUCAGAUGGGCAGUGCCCACGGAGCUGCGAGGACGGUGAUCUGGACUGCUUCGUCAUUGACAACAAUGGCUUCGUUCUGAUCUCGGAGAGGUCCUGGGAGACCGGAAGAUUUCUCGGGGAGGUGGACGGUGCUCUCGUGACCCAGCUCCUCAGCAUGGGGGUGUUCAGCCGAGUGACAAUGUACGACUACCAGGCCAUGUGCAAAGCCCCGGAUCAGCACCACAGCUCUGCCCAGCCCCUGGUCAGCCCAAUCUCAGCCUUCCUGACGGUGACCAGGUGGCUGGUGAAGGAGCUCUUGCUGUCCCUGCUGGAAUGGAGUGCCUGGGGCUCCUGGCAUGACAGAGGGGCCGAGGCCCACAAGCACAAGAAGCAGGACCCGCUGCACCCCUGCGACACUGAAUACCCUGUGUUUGUGCACCAGACCGCCAUCCAGGAAACCAACGGGGUCAUUGCAUGUGGGGCCUGCCAGAAGAUGUUUGUGAUGCAACAGAUCCCCGGCAGCAACCUCCUCCUGUUGGUGACAGACCCCACCUGUGACUGCAGUGCCUUCCCGCCAGUCCUGCAGGAGGUGGCAGAAGUUAGAUAUAAUGCCUCUGUCAAGUGUGACAGGAUGCGCUCCCAGAAGCCCCGCCGGCGACCAGAUUCUUGCCAUGCCUUCCACCCAGAGGAGAAUGCCCAGGACUGUGGUGGCGCCUCAGGAACGUCUGCCUCUCUCCUCCUGCUCCUGUUGCCUCUGGGUACCUUCAUGCUUCGGCUUUAGCGUCUUCAGUAACACCACUCACUGUGACCCCACUGUGAAGGGUUCUUCCAGAGACAUUUCGGAAAGUCAGUGACUGGGCUCACUGCAUCAGCUUGUCUCCCAGGCCCAAGCCUCGUCUCAACCCUGAACUAAUGGACCCCGCUGGAGGAGUCCUCACAAGCUCAACACCAACAAAGACAAAAGGAUGUGGAGGUGCCCAGAAUGAAGCUAAAGGCAGAGGACACAGAUGAAAACACGCUCUUCCUAAAACAGAGGAGGGUGACUGUGUGGGGGGCAAAGGAGGAAAUAGAAAAAAGAAAACAAGAAUAGGAUAGAAUAGAUAUAGGUAUUAAAUAGACUGUUACUGCUGAAGAGCCUUCUGAAAAAAAUUUUACAAAGCCCAUCUUCAAGGUAAAUUUUCAUCUUAUAAAGAAACAGCAGGUUAAUCUUUACAGUUGCUGCAUGGGACAACAGAGCAUCCAGGGGAGGUGGGAUGAGUAGCAGCAGCCAAGCCUUGAAGUCAGGUAGAUGCAAGAUGCCCUGCAUGGUGACAUGACAAGGGACAUCUGAGCAGUGACUCCAGCUGGAACUUUGAGGAACACUGUUUUGGAGACUAAAUGCCCCCCCCACACACACACAUACAGAGUCUCCUAGGGUCCCAACUUCUGGGCUUCCUUACCUUCAAACCCAGAUGUGAUAUAUUCGUAAGCAAGCACUAAAACACACUAUUACUAUAGUACCUUGUUUUAUGGAGGUGGAGACAAAGAAAUUACAGCCUGGAAGCCAGGAAUAAUAAAUAGGCGAAGGUCAGAGGUGGCCACCCGGGUCAGGUGGGUUAGGAAGCAGCAGGGAGCCCUUUCUCCAGCCAGCAGAGUGGCUCAGUUUCCCCUUUUGUGUCGUGAAGACCUGAUUUCAAUGGCCAGAGUAGGAUAUGCAUCCCGGCCCCUGUUCCAGCCACUCCUCACUGUAGUGUAGUCACCUAUCUUUCGCAUUAAUAAAUGUUCUCACCUCCAACAGCAUUUGGUUUCAACUGCUCACUCAGACGCCACCUACUCAACAUCUCUCUAGAAUAGCCCAGGACUGUCUUUUGUAAGGUUCCUCCCCACACCCCAACCAGAAAGAGCAUUUUUUAAAACAAGCUUAACUAUCCUGGCCAUACAAUGAAAAGGUCAAGUGUAGUGUGUCAGGCAGCUCCUGGCCUUAUCUGCCUUCUCAAGGUCCUGCCAUAUGGGCAAGAGAGG